UGUGUGUCAUGGCUUCUUUGCUUCUUUGAACGUGCCGUGUCGAUACCGAUCGGUUUACUUUUCAAAAGUGACGAGGGUCAUCAGUCUAAAGUUCAAUCCCUUACUGCCACCACCACCACCACAGCUGCAGCUGAGCCCAAGUUGGCUGGAUUUGUCUGUCGGCGGGAUUAAAUCACUUCCAGCGAUAAAACGAUGCACUGGACUGAAAUGAAGAAAGAUGAGCUUGAGAGGCAGUACUCACCCAGCAGGUGGUCUCUCAGGAUGUCGGCAGACGACGUGAUCAAGGCUCACGUGAAGGCUUUAAAGGAAGGUACAGAGCGAGCCCGUGGUCUGGCUCAAACUUUACUUAACGUGCCAUAUGGGGAGGGAGAUGGAGAGAAGCUGGAUGUCUACAUACCCAGCACCAACUCUUUGGAUGUCCCCCUUGUUAUUUACCUACACGGGGGCUACUGGCAGUUCCUCAGCAAGGAGGAGUCAGGAUUCAUGGCUGUUCCACUCGUUGAUAAAGGUGUAGUGGUGGUUGCCGUCGGUUACGACAUUGCCCCCAAAGGUAACAUGGACCUGAUGGUGUCUCAAGUACGCAGGAGUGUUGUGUCUGUCAUUCAGCAGUACUCUCACAUCAGUGGUCUGUACCUGUGUGGCCACUCUGCGGGUGCUCACCUGGUAGCAAUGGUCCUCUCCACUGACUGGUCACAGUACAGCAUCACUCCUCAGAUCAAAGGGGCCUUUUUGGUCAGUGGCAUAUACGACCUCCUGCCCAUCCUGUCCACCUACGUCAAUGAGCCUUUGAAGAUGACAGAGGAGGUGGCAGUCAGGAACAGCCCCAGCAAGCUGGUCCCUCAGCUCAAACUCUCGUCCUCCAGCUGCCACAUUGUUGUGGCCGUCGCUGAGAACGACUCGCCAGAGUUUCGCAAGCAGUCAGAAGAAUACUACAAAAUUUUGGAGGCAUCAGGACUGAAUGUGACCAUGGAGGAUGUGAAAAACACAGACCACUUCAGUAUCAUUGAACAACUGGUAGACGGGGAGUAUCACCUAACAAAGCUUCUCUUGAAGAUGAUGGGGAAGAGCUGAGGUGUCUUCGAUCCAUCAUCUAACAUACCUCUGUGUCAACAUACGCCUCUUAACAGUCAUCAUGCACCGAUACUGAUAAAAUAUGCAUUAUUACAGGUUUGUACUGUGGUAAAUGUACAAUUUCUAUCCAUGUUGAUUGAUCAAAAUAAUAUGGCAUGAAUUGUUUUGAGCGUCUAGUUUAAAAUGUUAUGAAAACAUUAUGUGCCUAAAACUGAACCACUUCAAGGAUGGUGAUUGUAGCAUAUUAUAUUACUGAUAAACCUGCUCAUAUUCACUAGUAAACAUAUGCUGUAUUUUUUUCCCCCUUGUGACAAUCUGCACUGCAACUUUAAAUCCUUAGAAAGGACCGUAACAGGAACUGAUGUAAAGAAUGCUUACAUAUCAAUACAAAGUGAAUGUAGGUUUUUAUUGUUACCUCCACAAUGCUGAUAUCUCACGCAGGGAAAUUUAAUGUGUCGUCCACACUUGGUAAAUGUUGGAAAUGAAAACUAUAUAUUUGCACUUUUUAUUUUACCCAUAUACAGUAGAAGAAUACUAACGUUCAAAUGGACUUCUUUAAAAAAAAAAAACAUGGCUAAACGGAUGCACAUUGUUACUUACUCCCCACAUUUUAGCAUCUUUAAUAA